CGAGAGCAGGCGUGAGGGGUGCUGCGGGCCGGAGGUUGCGGGGCCGCCCGGAGGCUGCGGGGCUGCGGCCAUGGGGCUGCUGAGCCGGCUGGCCCGCGGGCUGGUGCGCGGUGCUGACCGCAUGUCCCCGUUCACCAGCAAGCGGGGGCCCCGCACCCACAACAAGGGCCGUGGCGCCAAGCGGCUGGGGGUGCUGACCUCCAACUACAAGUUCAUCCUCAUCAAGGAGAUGGUGCCCGAGUUCAUCGUCCCCAACCUCGAAGGCUUCAAGCUCAAGCCGUACGUCUCGUACCGCGCCCCCGAGGGCUCCGAGCCGCCCAUGACCGCCAAGCAGCUCUUCGAUGAGGUGGUGGCUCCCCGCAUCGAGAAGGACGUGAAGGACGGAGCGUUUGACCCCAACAACCUGGAGAAGUACGGCUUCGAGCCCACGCAGGACGGAAAGCUCUUCCAGCUCUUCCCCAAGAACUACGUGCGGUAGGGAGCCCGGGACAGGGACAGAACCGGACCCGGACCCAGAGCACCGCCCCGGGGCAGCACCGACAGCUCCCGGGGUAUUAAAACCCGAUCCCUCC